UCACACCGCUCCUGUCCUGACGUGAUGGGAAACUUGGAGAGAAGCCUUUUAUUGUGAUACAAGGAAGUGGUGUUUGAGGAAAUGAUGAGUACAGGAUACUGGGCUGGAGCUUUUCACUUACAUAUUGGAUAUCAUACCUGCAACUCCUAAACCGAUCGGUACGUCAUCCUAUUUGGGGUGUUGAUCAAUUGUUGCCAAAUUGACAUCAGCAGGAUUAGCAAAUCUCCCACACCCAUCCACCGUGGCUGAGGUGCGUAGUCACACUCGCCUGCACAGCAGAGAGGUGUGAUUCAUUUGGUUGAAAGCUCUCCAAGUCCUAAAGUAGAAGAUGAGUGGUUGUAGUUGUCUGCACCCAGAGACUGACUCAGAAGAUGAGUACAACAGGGUUAGUCCUGAAAAAGAGCCAAAAGAGGAGGUGGUGAAAAAGGUGGAUGGAGAUGUGAUCCUGACGGCCGCCGUUGCAGGUGCAGCAUACAGAGCUCAGAACAAUCGUGAUCGUGAAAAAGAACGGCAAAAAAUAAGAGAGCGUGAAAAGAAGCGAGAUCAUGAAAAACAGAAAGAAAGAGAGAAAAAUGCGGAAAGGGAAAAAGAGAGAAGGCGGCAAAGAGAAAGACAGAAACAAGCAGAGAAACAGAGACAGAAACAGGCUGGCAAAAAUAGGCAGAAACAAGCAGAAAAACAAAAAAAAAAAAAAUAGGAAAAUUGUUAGCAUACAAUUUCUAUUGGUUGUGUAUUGUAGCAAAAAUAC